GUGAGGGGGAAGGGGUGAAAAGCGUAUGAUGAUAUGCAGUGUCAGUUGAGAAGGCAUAGAAGGGUUGGAAGGCUUUGCAUCUUGCAUUUGUCGUCCAUCAAUGGCCAUCGCAGGCUGAAGGCAGAAGCCAAUCAAGGCAGGAGCUGGUCCGAGUAUGACUGGUAGGUCGUUGUCAGUAUGAUUAUCAGUUAUGAUCGGUAUGAUCUGUAGACCCAUCUAGCACUUUUACCACAUAUCAGGGACCGCCGCCGGCUUUCUUCUGCUGCUUCCAUUUCCACUUCUACCCCCCCACUAUCCACUAUGACAUGUAUUGGGAAGGCCGGCAAGGCACUGUGCAACCUUGCACUACAUGAAAAGUACUAUACAGCCGCCGCAUUUGCCUCCCUGCUUUAGACACUCUAGUCCGACAGCAAAGACAAUAUUUGGCGUUAGUAGAACAGUUAGUCCAGGAUCAUGCAUUAAGAAAUCGAGAGACUAUCAGGGUUCCUCUCGUCUAUGUGUCGCCUCGGCCGAACUGGCCGCGUCGGGGCUCUCGUCGACCAUCUUUUGUGAUAUCAGCCAUCCACCGUGCUCUCGGCGCGUCGACGAUAUCAUUCACGGAAGUAAGCUUACCCACAUCACACCCGACACAAAGACGCCGUACCACUCUAAUACCUUCUACCUUCUACCUUCUACCUACAUUACCCGCACACCCACGGCGAACCCCCGCACACCUGUGGAUCCAGCAAAAAACAAUGUCCUCGCCGACCAACUCCAACUCCAGCAUCACCACCGUGCCCGAGGCCGUCCUCGGCCCCAUAGGUUACCACGCGCAUUCAUGCGGAUACUGUAAGAGCAAGGCCGAGCGUAGGUCUUCGGGUCGCGGGUCUUCAGGAAGCCCCUCUUACUACGCUUCCUCCAAGCACCUAAUCCCCAGGUUCUAUGAAGACUUAAUAUGUAGAGGCUGGAGGCGCUCAGGGACCCUCCUGUACAAACCUGACCUCAGGAACGCAUGUUGUCCCCAUUACACCCUAAGGCUGGAUGCACCUGAAUUCCGAGCCACCAAAGACCAGAGGCAGGCGCAGAACCGCUUCAACCACUACAUCCUCGGCGAUGAAUACAUCAAAGAGACGGCAAGACUACAUCCAAAGUCCAAAGCCGAAGCAGCAAGGUACAAGCAGACCUUUGAUCUCCGCGAACGUGUCCACGAGAGCGAGCUAUCCUCUCUCCAAGGGCCAACAAAACCCGCCCACGACUUCACAGUCACGCUGGAACCAGACACUUUCACAGAGGAGAAAUACCUCCUCUACGAGAACUACCAACGCAUCGUCCACAAAGAAGGACCGGAUGACAUAGCCCGUCACGGCUUCCGCAACUUCCUCUGCUCUUCAAAGAUAAAGCGCAGCACAGAGACCGUUGACGGCAAAGAGAAGAAACUGGGCUCCUACCACCAAUGCUACCGCCUCGAUGGCCGCUUGGUAGCCAUCGGCGUCCUGGACCUCCUCCCCAACGCCGUCAGCGCGGUGUACUUCAUGUACCAUGAAGAUCUUCACACGUGGAGCCCUGGAAAGCUCAGUGCGCUCCGCGAAACGGCUCUGGCGAUCGAACAGGGGUGCAGAUGGUACAUGAUGGGCUUCUAUAUCCACGGCUGCACGAAGAUGAAGUAUAAAGCCGACUAUCACCCUCAGUACAUCCUGGAUCCGGAGAAGUACACAUGGGACCUCCUCGAUGACGACCUCAAGCUGCGCAUGGACGCACGGCGCUAUGUCUCUCUCUCCUCUGAAAAAGCACGGGGUAUCCCCGCGCCAACCAAAGAAGAGGCCGAGGCCGCCGCUGCUUCAAGAUCCCCCCCUCCCACCAACGACGACGACGACCUCAACCCACUCUCACAAAAUAUGCCCGGCGCCCUAACCGCCCACGAGCUCGCCACCUUCGACCUUGGUUCCCUCCUUCGUCCCUACGGCCGGGGCGCGGUCAUAAGGUUCAGGGAUAUAGAGGGCUGGGAGGGGUAUCCGGUGCCGGGGGAUGGGAGGACGGAUGGGGAGCCGGUUAUUAAGCAGGCGUUGGGGGAUUUGGUAGCGGUUGUGGGGAUGGAGUUGGCGGGGAGGUUGGUGGUGGAUUUUGCGCAGAGGUAG